UCCUCUCUGCAGUAAACCCUCCAGCUCCUGUCCGGCUGCAGCGCACUGCAGUCUCCAUCACUCCUCCGCCCUGCACACUCCUUGCAGCUGGGAAAUAAACCCUCACAGGCCCGCCACAAUGAGGUUUAUCACAGGUGUAGCUGUUUUGGCCCUGGUGGUUUCGAUUGAAGGCAGUGUGGGACCAGCUACCAACACCAGCUUCUGCACCGAGUCCAGGGAAUGUCUGGAAUAUGAGCUGAUCUGCAAAACAGACGAGUAUGAAGUGCGACAUAUCAGCCCCACUCGCUGGGUGUCAACAGAUGCAGAGGCCUAUUUUAUGGGGGUGGGUGCAGCCAUGGCUUUCAGGAGGCUCUUCAUGUAUAUCAAUGGAGGAAAUGAAGAAGGUGUGAAGAUGGAGAUGACAGCUCCUGUACUGGUGAAGGUCCCAGAAGAAACCACGAUGUGGGAGCCUGCUGUUUAUACGCUCAGCUUCCUGCUGCCGUCAGCCUAUCAGGAUAAACCGCCUGCACCCACUAAUGACAAGCUGUAUUUUACUGAGAUGCCGGAGAUGGACGUGUACGUGAGGAGCUACGGAGGCUGGAUGAUGUCGGUCACCUCCAGGCUUCACUCCCACAUGCUGACCAAAGAGCUUCAGAGGGUGCACGCUUCCUACAACCACAGUUAUCACUAUGGAGUGGGUUAUGACAGUCCCUUAAAGCUGCUAAACAGGCAUAAUGAGGUGUGGUACGUGGCUGAAGGCCAACCGGUUUGCACAGAUCCACAGGAGCCCACUCCUGCACACACUCCCCGGCCCACGCCAACACACUUACUCCUGGACUCCUCUUCUGAAAUGCUGUCUGAUUCCCCCUACCUCACUCCAGCUAACCUGUCCUCAAACACAACCUUUAACUCCUCCUCUCUGCCGUCCUCUGACCCUUCAGCUGUCCUCCCAUCUGAAACGCUGGCAAACAAUCUCUCUGACCAUCACACCGAGGCCGCUUUCAGUCCCCCUCCAACUUCCGUCGUUAUCUCACAGGACCCUGCCACAGCCAACAUGUCCGACCCGACCUCUGCGAGCCCGUCCCUGGAGCCGGAGCACGAUGCUGGUGUGUGGAACAUCACAACCAGCAGCUCCGUGGACACACAAGCUGACCCUGACACUAAAGUCCAACCAGAUGAUGUCCAUUAGCAACACAGAAGCUAUCACACAUGGUGUUAGAUACUCUGAUAUGAUGUACUCUUUUCUUUCAAUAUGCAAUCUGCUCUUAUUGUACCACAGCGUUUCCCCUGCAGCCUCCUCCUCAGCCCAGUGUAUGUCUGUUCACUUUGUCACUCUGAAGUUAUCAUGAUACUGCAUUCUUAUCUAAAUAGCAUAAAUGUUAGGUUAAAUCAAAUGUAACUGUUAGGACUUUAAUGAGAAUCUGGGAUUUACCGCAAUAUAAUAUUACAUCUGUAGAGAGGAAACAGUCCUAAUGUGGAGUUUGACGUUACUGAAUUUUUCUGUGCAGCUUCAGCUUUCUCUGAGCUCCAUUGCCUACUUUCUUCCUCUGCUGUUCGUGUGGAAACAUAUUGAGUCGUGAAAUCAGCGAGUGCAUUUAAUGGGGUCUUUGCUGCAGAGAAAAUAAUCACACUGAAUGUGAAAGUUUCCCAACCAUCUGUGAAGCCAUUAAUUACUGGCUUAAAUCAUUUCAAAUAGUCUCUGCGACUGCUUGGGCCUCCAGACCAACAGGGGGCAUCCAAGAGUGACAAAUUCUCACACUAAAUUAGUUUGACCUUUGUGACAUUUUUGACUCUUAAACUGCAGAAAGCAAUAAGGAUAACAAUUCCAGCACAUUUUAGAUUAUUUCAUACAUAAAACCUUUUCUUUCUUUAUUCUUCAUUGGUAUUGCUUAAAACCAUUAAUGAGACUAAACAUAUAACUUCAGCUCAAUUCAUUAAGAUAAAUCUUUUGCUAUGCAAUUUGGUCACAAAGGUUUUAGCUCAUAAAAUACAAUAUAAACAACUUUCCAGGGUAG